AGGAGGCGAACAUGGCGGAUGCAGAUUCUUUGCACGACAUGAGUUCAGACUUGGACCAGGAUCCAAGCGCCGUCGAGGGCGAUAUUGAAGAUGAUGAAAUCGGAGACGAAAGUCUGGACAGUGGGAUGCGCAAGAAGAGCAAGAAGAAGAGGAAAAAGCCACGAGACAUUGAGCGAUCCAGCGGCGACUCUGACAGCCAGGUGAUCAAUGAUGAGGAAUAUGAUGGGAAAAUCAAGCUGGUGGAGGGCAAUGCUGAUCAGUCACAGUCAGGCAUGGAGGCCGACUCUGAGAGCCAGGGACCACGGGAGAAGAAGAAGGAGAGCCCCAAGAACAAACACUCAGUGUCAGAAGAUGCUCCAGAGGAGGGUCAGAGUAAUCUGCCAAUGGCGGGCCUGCAGCAGAUCCAGAAAGCAGUGGAGUUCCUCACACUUCAGCAGGGUGCCCCAAAGAGCAUUGAAGAGGCUAAAAAGAAGAAAUUCCAUUUCUGGGAAACCCAACCUGUUCCCAAAUUUGAUGAGAAAAUAACUGCUAAUGAAGAAAUUGAAGCUGACAAGCCAACAGGAGAGAUCAGACAAGAGAGCUACUCCCUACCUCAGGGCUUUCAGUGGGACACACUUGACAUAAGCAAUCCUCUCAUUUUGAAAGAGCUGUACACACUCCUGAAUGAAAAUUAUGUAGAAGAUGAUGACAACAUGUUUAGAUUUGAUUAUUCUCCAGAAUUUCUCCAGUGGGCUCUUCAACCUCCAGGCUGGAUAAAGGACUGGCACUGUGGUGUGAGGGUCACAAAAAGUGGAAAACUUGUUGGCUUCAUAAGUGCUGUUCCUGCUCACAUCAAAAUAUAUGAAAGAAGAAAGAAAAUGGUAGAAAUAAAUUUCUUAUGUGUGCAUAAAAAGUUACGAUCAAAGCGUGUUGCCCCGGUGCUGAUCCGAGAGAUCACAAGACGGGUUCAUCAACAAGGGUUGUUCCAGGCUGUGUAUACGGCUGGCGUGGUCUUACCAAAACCUGUAACGUCUUGUAGGUAUUGGCAUCGAUCACUAAAUCCACGGAAACUAAUUGAAGUGAAGUUUUCUCAUCUUAGCCGUCACAUGACUAUGCAAAGAACUCUAAAGCUGUACAAAUUACCAGAGUCCCCAAAGACUCCAGGCUUUCGGCCAUUCACACCAGCGGAUGUCCCAGAAGCGUACAAAUUGUUAGCAUCGUACCUAGACACAUUUGAUUUGUCCCCUAAUUUUAGUGAAGAAGAAUUUCGACAUUGGUUCAUUCCCAGGAAUGGAAUAGUUGAUAGCUAUGUUGUAGAAGUUGAUGGGACAGUUACGGACUUUGUGAGUUUCUACACGCUGCCCUCCACUGUGAUGCACCACCCCCAGCACAAGUCCCUCAAGGCAGCCUACUCCUUCUACAACGUAGCCCACAAGACGCCCUGGGUAGAUCUCAUGCAGGACGCUCUUAUAGUAGCUAAAAAUGUUGGCUUUGACGUGUUCAACGCCCUGGAUCUAAUGGACAACAAGGAGUUCCUGGAGAAGCUGAAGUUCGGGAUCGGUGAUGGCAAUCUUCAGUAUUACUUGUAUAACUGGAAGUGCCCGGCAAUGGACACAAGGCGGGUUGGCCUGGUGCUACAGUGAGUCUGGUGUUUAAUGAGGGAUGAUUGGGACACAGUGUAAGCUGCCUUGGCAGCCUUGGUAUCAUCCAGUAAGCAGUGACAUGACCACUAGGUGGCGCUGCUUGCCAGCUUCUCAUGUGAUAGUGCUCUCCUCGCUUCUCUCCCCUUGGCCAUGUUGUAUCCAUCAACAAAGAUGCUUCCAUUCUUGGAGACCGAUGCUUGAUCAGAUUCUUCGAUUCAUGUUAAUAUCAGACUACUGAUAGUAAGAUCAGGAUUAUUAGGUUUGGAUUGACAAGACACUGAACAGAUUAUGUAGCUAUUACUUGCAAAAAAUAUUGUUCUGAUUGUGUAUGAGUGGUUAUUACCAUCUAACCAUAAUAGUCAUCGUCAUCAUCAUCAUCGCAUCAUCCACAAGCACCGGCAUUAAAAACACUACCCCACGAGAUUCACCAUGGAAACAGUUGCUGUAAUUUCAUAGGAGAACUCUUUAUUUUGUUCUUAUUUUAGUAUUUUCAUACUAAAGCAAUGCAUUUAUAUAAUUUCAACUUCUUAGACACUGAUUCUGUCAAUCAGUGCACAGGUUCUUCUAUAAUCAAAUGUCACCCUGUAAUUUGGAACUAGUCUUUUCCUAAGCUGUUUUGAAUGCAGAUUUUUGAGGUGCAAAUUUGUUUAUAGUUUUGCUAUAUUCUAUGUGAUACACUGUGUGAAUGUCUAAAAUAUCUCUAUUGAGAUAAAAUGGUGAGAAUAGAUGAAUUUGUUGUGAAAUUGUGGAAACAAUAAUGAUAAUGUAUGUUCUGAUCUACGUAACUUUAUUUCAAAGGUCAGUUUAAUUAUGCAAACUUGGUUUGUAAGGUUCAGUUUAUUAUUGUGCUAGAUAAUCAUGACAAACCCAGUAAUUAACCAACUGGAGAGCGAACUGUUUUCCCACAGAUACCGGUAACACUCCCAAUGAUGUACAGUUGAUAUUUAUGUCCCAAUGUUGUUAGCAACACAAACAUGGCUUUGUGUUCGAGAAUAUUAAGGAGCACUUAUCAUUUGUAUUAUAUACAUUUUGUCGAUCAAAACCGUGAUUGUGUCAAUACAUAAUCAGAAUGAAGUAAAGCCCUGGUUGUCUUAAUCCUGAAUUGGAAUAAAGAGGAGAAUGAAUUAUUCACAUAAUUAUUGUUCUUUACACAAAGAAAGGAUCUUUUAGGAAGAAAUGGCAUCUUGGUUUUUGCAUCAUUUCGUAAUGAAAGUUAAGGUUUGUGACAUCACAAUGGACUCGUCAGUCCAACUCUAUUGUCCGUUUGGCUCAAAAAGGGACCAAUGAAUUGCAAUCUGACUCGAAAACUAAUAAACAUAUAAAACUCAAUGAAACACUGUUCAUAAUCAAAAGAUCAGACCGAAUCUGUGAUUUUUUUGCAGAAUUUAUGUCC